UGAUCAUGUUUUUUUUUAUUUAAAUAGGUAGUGAACUGGCUGGAAGGGCCAGGUUCGGAACAGCUUAGAACCCAGUGGGGAAUUGGUGAUUCAAUUAGGGCUUCACAAGCUUUGCAACAGAAACAUGAAGAGAUUGAAAGUCAACACAGCGAAUGGUUUGCAGUGUACGUGGAACUGAAUCAACAGAUUGCAGCUUUACUGAAUGCUGGGGAUGAAGAAGAUCUUGUAGAAUUAAAAGCGUUGCAACAGCAGUUGAGUGAUGUUUGUUAUCGGCAGGCCAGCCAGUUGGAGUUUAGGCAGAAUCUGCUACAAGCAGCCCUUGAAUUUCAUGGUGUUGCUCAAGAUUUGUCUCAGCAACUAGAUGGAUUACUCGGGAUGCUGUGUGUUGAUGUAGCCCCAGCUGAUGGAGCGUCAAUUCAGCAAACUUUAAAACUACUUGAAGAGAAAUUAAAAAGUGUUGACUUGGGCCUCCAAGGUUUGCGUGAAAAAGGUCAGGGUCUUCUUGAUCAGAUUUCUAACCAAGCUACCUGGGCUUAUGGAAAAGAUGUAACAAAUGAAAACAAAGAGAAUGUUGAUCACAUCCAGGGAGUAAUGGAAGACAUGCAGCUCAGGAAGCAAAGAUGUGAGGACAUGGUAGAUGUGAGACGAUUAAAGAUGCUUCAGAUGGUUCAGUUAUUUAAGUGUGAAGAGGAUGCUGCUCAGGCAAUAGAAUGGUUAAAUGAAUUAUUAGAUGCGCUGCUGAAGACUCAUACCCGUUUGGGAGAUGAUGCCCAAGAAACCAAAAUUUUGUUGGAAAAACAUAGGAAAUUUGUUGAUGUAGCUCAGAGUACCUAUGAUUAUGGGCGACAGUUACUACAGGCUACUGUGGUUUUGUGUCAGUCUCUGAGAUGCACUUCUAGAUCGUCAGGAGAAACACUUCCAAAGCUGAACCGUGUAUGGAAACAAUUCACAAUCACUUCAGAAGAAAGAGUAACAAGGCUAGAGAUGGCUGCUGCUUUCCAUUCAAAUGCAGAAAAAGUUUUGCAAGAAUGCCCAGAUGAGUCUGAAUCUAUAUAUGAUCCGGAACAAUUUGAUGAGAUUGAAACUGUUGGAAAAUCCCUUCUGGAUAGAUUAACAGUUCCAGUGGUUUAUCCUGAUGGCACUGAGCAGUUCUUUGGGAGCCCAAGUGACAUGGCUUCUUCAGCUGAACACAUCAGAGAGAAGAUAAAGUUGGUUUGUCUGAGAAAACAACAACUGACACAACCAGACGCCUGUACCACAGAGACCUAAUAGCCUUUCCCUGCCAAUCCAUAAGAUGUCUAUUGGUAAUUCUGCAUGACAUCUGCAUUCUAUGCCUACCAUAAUACAUGAAAAUGCAUUUCACAGCUAUUAUUAAACAUAAAAACCUCUUCAUCCUUCUUGAAGCAAAUCUUAAUCUACACCAUAACCAUGUAUUUCUACGAAGCCAUAAUUUAACAUGCUAUGAACCCACAGACUUCAAAUAUAAUUAAAAGGAACAGAUGACAAUGCACUGAAUACUUGCUUUGAAGCUUUAUCCCAACCUAUCAGGUGCUUCUUUCUCUAAGCAACUGAUGCAAGUUUUAAAAUGGUGCUAAUAAGUGCAAGUUCCACAAAAAAUAAUUCUGUUUAUUCUCCAGAUGAUGUAGUAUUUUAGGCUGUAGGUAAACUAUCUGUUGUAUAGACAGCGGUGACCUAUAAUUUUGAUUUGUAUUUUUUUUAAAUGGUCCUUUUUAUUGUGCCGAUACGUGCCAUCCAAUUCUUGAAAUUCAUUAUAGUUGGAUUUUUCCCAAUUUGUAUGGAUAAUGUAUUAAAAAAUGUUUUGUGCUUAAUAAAAUCCACCUUUUAAAAAUCCAGAAACUUUUAUGGAAGCUUGUAUUUCCUACUUUAUUGCAGGAAAUUGUAAAAGAGAGUACAAGUCCAUUUUGGAUCGUCAGUUUAAGUUUCUUAAUAAUUGAAAAAAGAAGGAAUAAGCAUCAUGUAAGCAAGGAAGAAAAAAAAUGAUAUGAAAGUAGCUUGUGGGAGUUAAUGGCAAAUUAAGUUCAUUUUUCCUGUUUACUUUUGUUUGUAGAUGGGGAGGAGAAAGGAUUUACAUUUUACAGGAGAGAGUAAGGAACAAAGUCUGUGGCAAAAGGAUUUGUAGAUACAAAUUGAAGCUGUCCAGCUAAUACAUGAUAAGAGAAAUUGAUAGGUUUCUCUUUUAACGUAUCUUUUUUCUCUUUUUCUACAAGUAUUGAUAUUGGACAUAUAUGUUCCACUAGUUACAUCCUUAUGACUGAGUAAACUCAAGUAACAGCUAAUGAUGCAAUUUCCAGAGCUGAUAAAAAUGCUACAUAUUGUAAUAAAAUUAUCAAAUAUAGGGCAUAAAUUAUGUAUUCAUUCUUCCAAUCUGCAAAAGCCAAAUAAAAAUGUUUAUAUAUUUAUGAA